CGCCUAGCCCUCACCGGCCUUUCACCCAUACACCUCGACUACAGAGAGAAUCUUCUGUCCCAAUGCAAUGCAAUUUGUGCUUCGUUUUUCCUGGUCCGAUAGUCGUCUGCUGGUGCUUGGCCCACGACCCGAUAACCUCUCACAUACCCAAAAACGCGGUAGCUUCAUCUCCAUGCCAGGUACCACCAAACAAACACCCGGCGUUAAUGGUGUCGGGAACGCUGACUACAGGAUCUGCGGCGUCGCUCUAAUGCAUUUCAUCUCAGCCUUUUUUUCUUCCAAGUGCUGCCUGGUUGCUGCCCGAAAAAGACGGGAUGAAUCCGUCAUCUUGGCUUGGCAAUCCAGCCCGGUCAACACACUCGGUCCCGACGAAUCCACCGUGUCCCCGUUCGCAAAACCAAGUCGGUUUUGUUCCUAGUUCUCAGUCUCUUCUCUUCUGCCAGUACGAAUACCGUACGGAUAUACUUCCUACUGCUUCAUCAACAACUGCCACACGUACCGGGUGCCAUCAUCUUCAUCAGCAAGACCAGUCAUUCCUUAUCCGUCGCCUCGGCCGGUUGGCGGCUUUGCGCCUUGGCCCCAUUUCAUUCGAGGACUCGACCAGGGGGGCAGGGGAAAGAUCGGCCCCGCCCUUUUGCUUUUUUUGUUUUGUUUUUGUCGUUUGGCUGCAAGAAUCGGGGGCGCCUGCGUACGCAACAACCUGUCGGCGUAUCAAUUUGGCACCGUAUGUACCUACGUAUAGCAUGUACGUAAGUAUCCGAACAGACAUAUUUUCUGUACCUAUCCUUCUACCUUCGAGUCCAUCCCGCAGUGCCCACAGUCCCCCGUAUGCCUUGACCCUGAUCAUUCUCAUUUCGACUCUUCCUCCGCCAAUGCCAAUGUGA